UGGCUUCAACGAUCAUCCAACGCCCUGAAACAUGAGGUCCAUCAAUUUCGAACUAGCUGCCCUAAUUUUACUUGGGCUGGUGACUUCAGUGAGAAGUUAUACGUUUAUGAUACCCUUCAGUUACGAUGAAUCUGGUAAUGCGUUCGUGGAGUUUAAUGGAACAAUCUACAACAAUGCUGGACUGCAAGAUACUGAAUAUACAGAUGACAGUGGAUGCACAGUUAAACUGAAUAUGAGACCACCAACGCCGGAGGAACAACAAAACCACACUGGCUAUAUUGCUGGUUCCAGGUUAUGUCUUUCAUGGUUUUUCCGUACAUCUACUGAAGAAGUUGAGGAUUAAUGGAAUUUGUCUACUAACUUUGCAACGGACUUUCGUGACGAAUUUUGUGAAAAUAUUUUUCCAUUAUCAUUGUAAUAUCUGAGCGCUAAUACAUUUCUUUUGCGCGGGUUAUUA